AUGGUCGCCGAAAUGGCGAGCGCUGAAGAGUGCCGGUGGAUGAUUAUCUACAUCAUCUUCCUUGUGCCGGAUGACCCGUCGCUUCCAGUGCUCAAGUACUGCGGAAGCGCAAGCGCCACCGCCAACACACAGACUGGCGGCCAGAGCCGCUAUGCGACACACCUCUCGGGCAUGCAGAACAUGAGCGGUAAAGCCAUGUACCUGUACCGCCAGUGCCGAAAGGCGCUGCCGCAGUAUCGCAUGGCGAUGCUCGAGCUCUGCCGCUUCCCCUCCUUCGAUUUCCGCACUGCCACGCAGGGCGAGAUCAAGCAGAAACGCGAGUUCAUCUACUUCGCGGAGACGGUCGGCAUGGUGCUGUUCGACACGCUCCGCGGUCAGGACCUCCGAAAGUUCUUCGCCGACCCGGCAUGCCUCAUCGACUCGUGCAACAGGGGCGUGCCCAUCGGCAACCACCAGUGGCAUCGCGAGACGAUACCCCCUCCUCCGCCAUUUUACAGUUUGGCCGGAGCCCAGCGCGAGUUCACCCUUGAUGAACUCGUGACUGCAAUCCUCCUCUGCGCCGGCCCACCGCACCGCCUCUUCGUCGAAGAGGUUUCUUUUUACCUCUGCCGUGUGGUCCCGGUAUUCGCCGAGCAAUCGGCUACGCUGAUGCGUCCCCGGUGCCUUCGCGUGAAGAACGUGAAGGUGCACUGUCAGUCGUCCACGUCGGCUGGCCUGCUAGAGCUCCGUGACCCCGCCAAGGUCAACACGGACGUGUACGAAGCGAUGUCCAAGCUCUUGAAGUCUCCAGGCAAUGCCCAGAUAGAUGCUCCGCGCUUUCGGCGAGAUUUCAUCGUCGAAGCCAUGGCCACCGCGUUAUGGCCAUGCUUAUCGGGGCAGAUCAUCAGUUUCGCCAUCGAGCGCCGCCAUGGCGUCAAGUUGAGUUGCGAUCAAGUGUCGAGGACGAUGCGGGAACGCGAGGGGAAACUUUUCUCCACUGUCCCCUCUACCCAGUUCAACACCCGUUGCAAGCUCUGGGGGCUGGCUGAUGGCUGGGAGAAUGCCUCGUUCACGGCAAUGGAGCGGCGAAUUCUCGCCACUGAAGACCCGAGGACUCUUCAAGAGCUCGUGAUCGACACCUUCGAGGAUAUCGUUGAGAGGACCGGGGCCACGUUGGUGUCCAGCGGUGAGCUCAACCAACGCCUGCGAGAGCUGUCUCCCAACGGAGACAAGCUCUGGGUCAAGUUUGCUGGGCACAACUGGAAGGCGUGGAGCCGUUUCGAGGUCGUCGGGCACCACACGGGGCUCAAGCAAAAGAUCCUCCGACUCCACGCCAACGAGAGCUGGACGCCCUCCCCGCUCGAACCACAACCGUGUCCGAAGAGGCCGAUUGUGGACCUCAUGGUGGAGGCGAUUCGGGGCUCGUGGGGCCAGGGGUUAAGCUUCAACGCGCUCCAAGGCGCCAUUUUGAGGCGGCAUACUUGUGAGUGGACACCCCUACACCUACGCAAUCCGACUAACAGGCAGAUUACCUCUUUGCGGCGGCGCCGGUGUUAA